GUGACACUAUUUCUUCUCGGUGACCACCAUUGACGAAAAAAAAAGCUUCAUUGAUAGCUUUUUCCCGCGAAAAUAAAGAUAAAGAAAAAGAGAGAAAAAAGAAAACUUUGUUCUAUCUGUUUUACGUGGAAAUCUGUGUUAGCAUUUUCCCACUUUAUUUUCCCGGAAAAAAAGUGUAUUUUUUUUCCACUUUCUUGAAAAAAAAAACAUUGAACUAAAUAUGAAUAGUUUAUGUUCUGAAAAUGAAAUGCUUGUCUUUUCUAUACCCAAAAUGCUUGAUCAAACCUUGUUCUUGAGACAAUACUGUCAUCAUUCAAAUCUGCAGUUUUUGUAUUGUUUUUUCAUUCUCUUCUAGAACUUUCUGUUGCCGACACUAUCCUAUGUUUUGGUCUUGUGUCAGUUUUUCAUUGUAGAUUUCACAAUUUUGCAGGCCUAAUUCGGUUCAUAGUUGUGUGUAUCGCUUCUUUCUCUCUCUUGGUAGUUUUAAAGAUUGGAUUUUUACUAGUUUUAUAGUUUUGAUUUUUUUGAUUAAAUUAAGGGUUUUUGAGCAUUUUCUUGUUGGAACCUUUCUGGGGUUUAGCAUCUUUUACUUUAUUUGUUUUUUUGUUUAAUGGGUCUUUCUGCUAUUGGUUAGGGUUAUGAGGUGUUUGUGAUAUGAUAUGAUAGCAUUGUGUAGUUGUUGGAAUUGGAAGUAGUUUUUUUUUUUUUUUCUUUUUUUCUUUUGCUUUUUGAAGAAGCUCUCAGCAUUUUUAGGAUAUAAUUCAUGUCAGUGACCAUACUUUGGAAAUUGGGUUUAUGGAAAUUUACCAUUUUGACUAAGUCUAGUUUGGCAGUGACACUUGGAAUUUGAAAAACCAAUUAUUUCAGCUUAUUUUAAUUUAUGUUUCUUGAUAUUGAAUUUCAUUUUGUUGAAAAAAGGGUGGUUAAGACUUAAGAAUGAGGGGUGGAAAAAAUAGGAAGCUACAUUUAAGCAAGAUUUAUUCAUUCACAUGUUUCAAAGCAAGUUCUGUUGAUGGAGAUCAUUCACAAAUUGGUAGUAAAGGUUAUUCAAGAGUGGUGUUAUGCAAUGAACACGACACUACUACUACUACUACUACUACUGCUACUGCUUCUGAGGAAGCUGUGAUAAGGAAUUUUGCAGAUAAUUAUGUUAGAUCUACAAAAUAUACUGCUGCAACUUUCUUUCCAAAAUCACUUUUUGAACAGUUUAGGAGAGUUGCAAAUUUCUAUUUUUUGGUUACUGGUGUUUUGGCUUUCACAAAACUUGCUCCUUAUAGAGCUGUUACUGCUAUUCUUCCUCUUGUUGUUGUUAUUGGAGCAACUAUUGUGAAAGAAGGUAUUGAAGAUUGGCGUAGGAAAAAGCAGGAUAUUGAGGUGAACAAUAGAAGAGUUAAAGUUCAUAAAGUUGAUGGCAUUUUUGAAUAUACUGCAUGGAAGAAUCUGAGGGUAGGAAAUAUAGUGAAGGUAGAGAAGAAUGAGUUCUUCCCAGCGGAUCUCUUAUUGCUUUCAUCGAGUUAUGAAGAUGCAGUUUGCUAUGUUGAGACCAUGAACUUAGACGGCGAGACAAAUUUGAAGCUAAAACAAGGUUUAGAGGUAACAUCUUCCUUACAUGAGGAUCUCAACUUCAAAAAAUUUAAAGCUACUGUCAAAUGUGAAGAUCCAAAUGCAAAUCUGUACUCGUUUGUUGGGAGCUUGGAGUUUGAAGGUCAAAACUAUGCCCUUUCCCCACAGCAACUUCUUCUGCGAGACUCUAAACUUCGUAAUACAGACUAUAUUUUCGGAGCUGUUAUCUUCACUGGUCAUGAGACUAAGGUUAUUCAGAACUCUACUGAUCCACCUUCAAAAAGAAGCCGAGUUGAGAGGAAGAUGGAUAGAGUCAUUUACUUCUUGUUCUGUAUUUUGUUUCUAAUGGCAUCCGUGGGAUCUAUUUUCUUUGGCUUUAUAACUAAAGAUGACUUGAACAACGAUUCGGUGAAAAGAUGGUAUUUAAGGCCUGACGACUCUACAAUUUUCUUUGAUCCAAAAAGACCGGCUGCUGCUGCUAUAUUUCAUUGUUUGACAGCCUUAAUGUUGUAUGGUUUCUUUAUUCCCAUCUCUUUGUAUGUGUCAAUAGAAAUUGUAAAAGUCCUUCAGAGCAUUUUCAUCAAUCAAGAUAUCCAUAUGUACUACAAGGAAGCAGACAAACCGGCACAUGCUCGCACUUCAAACUUGAACGAGGAGCUCGGUCAAGUUGACACAAUACUUUCUGAUAAAACUGGAACUUUGACCUGCAACUCGAUGGAAUUCAUCAAAUGUUCGAUCGCUGGUGUAGCUUAUGGUCGUGGUGUUACAGAAGUUGAGAAAACCAUGGAUAGAAGAAAAAGUUCAUCGUUAGUUCACGAGUGUGAUAUAUCUGAAGAAGAUCACAUCAGGGUUUCUCUUGAUAAAAAAGCAGCCAUUAAAAGUUUUAACUUUACUGAUGAAAGAAUAAUGAAUGGUAACUGGGUUAAUGAACCUCAUGCAGAUGUUAUCCAGAAGUUUUUUCGUCUAUUGGCCGUAUGUCAUACAGCCAUACCAGAAAUAGAUCAAGAGACAGGAAAUGUCUCCUACGAGGCUGAAUCUCCGGAUGAAGCUGCAUUUGUUAUUGCGGCGAGAGAAAUUGGUUUUGAAUUCUUCAAAAGGGCUCAGACCAGUUUAUCGACAUGUGAGUUGGAUCCAGUUUCAGGCAAGAAAGUUGAAAGGAUGUACAAGAUUCUCAAUGUUUUAGAAUUCAAUAGCUCAAGGAAGAGAAUGUCGGUAAUAGUACAAGAUGGCGAAGGGAAAAUUUUAUUACUCUGUAAAGGUGCCGAUAGUGUCAUGUUUGAAAGACUUGCCAAGAAUGGAAGGGAGUUUGAAGAGAAAACCAUGGAACAUGUGCAUGAAUAUGCCGAUGCAGGUCUAAGAACCCUUAUACUCGCCUAUCGUGAACUUGCAGCAGAGGAAUACAAGGAGUUUGAUAACACAUUCUCUGAGGCCAAGAAUUUAGUUAGUGCAGAUCGGGAAACACUGAUUGAGGAAGUAUCGGAUAAUAUUGAGAAGAACCUAAUCCUUCUUGGUGCUACUGCUGUAGAGGACAAGCUCCAAGAUGGGGUUCCUGAUUGCAUUGACAAGCUUGCCCAAGCAGGAAUUAAGAUUUGGGUUUUGACUGGGGAUAAAAUGGAAACUGCUAUCAAUAUUGGCUUUGCUUGUAGUUUGCUUAGACAAGGAAUGAAACAGAUUAUAAUUCAUUUGGAUAAUCCAGAAAUUCAAGCUCUGGAGAAAGAUGGCGACAAAAUAGCUAUUACCAAGACAUCAAGGCAAAGUGUCCUCUCUCAGUUACGUGAAGGUGCUGCACAGCUUAGUGCACACAGAGGGUUUUCUCAGCAGGCAUUUGCGCUAAUCAUUGAUGGGAAGUCACUUGCUUAUGCACUUGAGGAUGAUAUGAAGAACAUGUUUCUCGAGCUUGCAAUUCGUUGUGCAUCUGUUAUUUGUUGUCGUUCAUCGCCAAAACAGAAGGCGCUGGUCACUAGAUUGGUCAAAUCUGGAACCGGGAAAACAACAUUAGCUAUCGGCGAUGGAGCUAACGAUGUUGGAAUGCUUCAAGAAGCUGAUAUCGGAGUUGGUAUAAGUGGUGUUGAAGGAAUGCAGGCUGUUAUGUCUAGUGAUAUUGCAAUUGCACAAUUCCGAUAUUUGGAACGAUUACUUCUGGUGCACGGCCAUUGGUGUUACCGGAGGAUCUCAUCGAUGAUAUGCUAUUUUUUCUACAAGAAUGUCACAUUUGGUUUCACUCUAUUCUUGUAUGAGGUGUAUGCAUCAUUCUCCGGAGAACCUGCAUACAACGACUGGUUUUUAGCUCUCUAUAACGUCUUCUUUUCAUCACUUCCUGUGGUCGCUCUUGGUGUAUUCGACCAAGACGUAUCUGCUCGGUACUGCCUCAAGUUUCCUUUGUUAUAUCAAGAAGGAGUGCAAAAUGUCCUUUUCAGCUGGCGUCGAGUACUCAGCUGGAUGCUUAACGGAUUCUUUAGCGCCUUAUUAAUUUUCUUCUUCUGCACCAAAGCCAUGGAGCUCCAAGCUUUUGAUCACGAGGGAAAUACUGCCGGAAGAGAAAUACUUGGAACAACCAUGUACACUUGCGUAGUUUGGGUUGUAAACUUGCAAAUGGCAUUAUCUAUAAGUUACUUCACCUUGAUCCAACAUUUUUUCAUCUGGGGUUCCAUUUUCUUCUGGUACAUUUUUCUCAUAAUCUAUGGAUCACUUCCUCCAAGGUUUUCGGAAAACGCUUACGCAGUCUUCGUUGAAGCUCUUGCUCCUUCGUCUUCCUAUUGGAUAGUCACAUUCUUUGUGGUGAUCUCAACUCUUAUACCAUACUUCUCAUACAAAGCAAUUCAGAUGCGGUUCUUUCCAAUGUAUCACGAAAUGGUACAGUGGAUAAGGUAUGAAGGGAAGACUGAGGAUCCUGAGUACUGUGCUAUGGUCCGGCAAAUAUCAUUGCAGCCAAUGACUGUCGGUUCAACUGCUCGCUUAGCUGCCAAGGCAAACCAAUUGUCGGACAAAAUUAUUAAACAUAGAUAAUAUAUUUUGAUAUAUUAUUGUUUCGGUCAUGAAAUCACGUAGUCUGUGCAUAGGCUCUUGAAAAUGGUAUUUGUCUUUGCACAUAGUCAUGAUGGAAUUUCUUGGCAGCUCAUCCCAACUAGAAGAAUAUGCUGCUUAGAUUCCCAUCCAUUGUGCAUAACAACCUACAUUUGGCUUUUUUAAGGAAAGUAGGACUGUAGAUCUGAUUUGGCUUUUUUAAGGUUACAUAGGUUUCAUAUACCUUCUUUUGCAUUACAGAUAGAAGCAGUUACUUUUUUUUUGGUCAAAGAUAGAAGCAGUUGCUGUAUAUAUAAAAGCAAGAGUUAUUUAUAGGAUGGGAUGGGAUAGAGCUGUUUUCUUUUGUAAAGAAUAGAACAGUGUUAUCAUGUGUUCUUGAGAAUUUCAUUUUAGUGCCAUCAUAUGAUUCUUUGCACCUUUA